CAUCCCGAUCGGGCGAUCACCAAUCGACGUUCGGACGUACGACGCGCACGUCCCGGAGGCCCGGAGAAGAAGCCAGCAUUGUCUGAAAGUUGAGUGAGUAGUGAGUUAGAACGCCAUUUAGAAUCGGGUUCGGUGGCUGAUAAGCCCCGUGUAAGAACCGGAAUCGGGUUGGACAGAUCCGCUUGUUGUUGUUGUUGUUGUUGUUGGUGUUUUCCGGUGGUGUUUUUGUUCACCGGGACGAAUCAUGUUGCUGCUACUGAUGAUGAUGAUGAUGAUGAUCGUGUGUAGUACAGGCGUACGGGGCCAGGAGGAUGAGCAAUCGUCUGUCUGUCCGACGAUUAUCAGGCGGGCACAGUGGGGUGCGGAGCGGUCCACGAACGUCACGUAUCAGCUGAAGCCGGUGCCGAAGGUCAUCAUCCACCAUACGACGGGCGACCGGUGCACGAACGUGGCCAGCUGCAAGGAGAUGGUGCUCGGGGUGCAAUCCUUCCACCAGAAGCAAAACGGCUGGAGUGACAUCGGCUACAACUUUCUGAUCGGACCGGCCCACGUGUUCGAGGGCAUCGGCUGGCACCGGGUGGGGGCGCAUCUGCGCGGCCACAACGCCAACUCGAUCGGUAUCGCGUUCCUCGGCAACUUCGAUCUGCUGCGACCGACGCCCCGCAGCCUGGAGGCGCUCGAUCUGCUGCUCGAGUGUGGUGUAGCGCUGGGUGAGCUCACGCCCGACUUCCGCCUGCACGGUGCCUCGCAGCUACAGAGCACCAACAGCCCCGGCCGGCUGCUGUACGCCAAGGUGAAGCAGCACAGCCACUGGACCCGCCCGGGCGACUAACGUGCCCGACAGAACGGCCCGGAAACUGCCGCUGCCGCUACUACUACAAUAAACCAUUCCAUACACCAAGCAAUACAUACACACGUGCGCGCGUGGU